AUGCCGUUCAAGAUGUUGAGUUUUUUAAGCUUGGUCGCGGACUUUAACAAUGGACACAAAGAUCAACCAUGCAGCAGCCCAGACUCCAGUGGCUUGGAAGGGGACCAGGUGCAGAGUCUGGUGUUUGAGCAGAAUCGACACGAAGAAGAACACAGUAAGAGCACAACUACUCUUGAUACAGGGUCUACGAGAUCCUCGAUAGCCCUUUCAUCAACUGUGGCUUCCUCAUUAGCGAUAUUUUCUCCUUCAUCGACGGCUUCUUUUUCGUCGACAGCUUCUCUGCCGUCGACAGCUUCUUCGUCAUCCACGCUUUUGUCAUCCUCGACAGAAUUACUGACUGAUCAAUCGCCCUUGACCAUCAUCAGCAGCAUUACACAUAGUGGUUUAAGCCCUAGCACAUUGACCGAAAGUAGUACCCAAACGAACAACACUGUUACUCAGUCCACCAUAGAGACUUCAACUUCAACCCCAACCGGUAUCAGCCACUAUAACCAGUCAACAACCCAACCAGAAAGCUUCACAUACACCGGGAGUAGCCUUCUGAAUACAUCAACAGAGGAAAGCAUAGCUACAAGUAGCAACGCUCAUAGUACAACAUUGACGCGCAAUCUUGAAGUAACCGAAGAGUCAAAACCUUUUGCUGGGGGUUCCAGUGGUCGCACUGUUCAAUUCACGCAGACAAUGGAGCGUUCGGAUAGCCCACCAAAAGGCAAUGAAACAAAGAAUCCUGCAGAAUCACACUUUCUUGUGUCCCAAACAAGGAUUUCAACAACUAAGACUUCAACGACUAGGAGUUCAACAACUAAGACUUCAACAAUCAGGUUCACAAACUCUUUGUCCAAACAAACACAAUACUCGUCAGCCCUAAGUGCAACACAAUUACGUCAAUCAGUUGAAUCUCACUCAAGCCAAGACCAUAAUGACAAAACAGUCAGUGGCACAUCAUUACCGACAACCCCUCCUAGCAUGGAACGACUGAGUGAUACAUCACCUGUUUCAGUCACAGAAACGCAGUUUCUAGCGGUCUUAUCGACUGAACACGAUGGAAUAACCGGCUCAUUGAUCAUGGAAACACAGCCUUCCCAUAGUCUUGCUUCUCUAACACAAAUCUACACCCUGAGUAUUAUACAAAAAACAACAACCAUCCAACCUACAGAAUCUAUCGAGGAUUCAACGAUCAACACCGCAUCAAAACCAUACAAAGAGGCCAUUGGGCCACCUACAUCAACAUCUAUCUAUACAAACUACGGGACUUCAGCUGCCCUGGCUAUCUCUAUUACUACUACAGAUUUACCGUCGCCCUCAUCAACAACCCACACGCCAGCUGUAACAGUCAGCUCGGUAGUGGGCGAAACACCAACACUGCCUUUCCUUCACCCCAUUUCUUUGGCAGACUACAUCUUAGCGGCGUAUGUACCGGUAAUGAUCACAUUGCCCCUCGCAGCUCUGGCACAAAUAUUGUGCCUGGAGGUCAAAACACUUGCUCCAUUUCACGCACUCAGUGGGCCAACGGGGGCAGGAGCUAUAGAUUCAUUAUGCCUUUCGACAGGCGGCUUUCCGGGGAUAUAUAGAAGCAUUUGUCUUUGUUUUCGGCGACACGGUCGACAGCCCUUAUUAUUUCUGGUCGAUCUCCUCGUCUGGACCACGGCCAUCAUUGUCUCACUCUCCAGCGAGGCUUUCGGCAUCAAGCUCUAUGGUAAAUGCAAACACAACGACUUUAGGGGAUGCUACAUGGGCAUCGCGGUAUUCGACACUCAAAGCCGGAUCAUUCAGGGGCUGCUGGCCUUCGCCUUGGGUCUUAUUCUGUUCAUCAUGUACCGACUCCGAAACUGGCAAACUGGCAUUGAUGCGCCCCACGGCCGAAGCAUCGCAGCCAUAUCUAUGCUAGUUACUGAGCCACGUACGCGCAGAGUUUUCCAACAUCUCAAACCCAAUCCCCAUACCGGGAGACUCAGUAACAGGGAAAUGACCCGUCAGCUCGAGGGGUAUAUCUUCAAACUGGCACCUAUCGCAUCACACCUGAUAGGUUAUAAGCACCUUGUCUUUUCCAGGCCCACCCAAGCAUUACGAAGAGCCAAACCACAAAAGACGCCGAACAGACGCCGCUCCAAAUUUAUGGCAUUCUUUGAUCAACUCCCGCAGGGAUUUCUUCCCCCGUUCUUUAUUAUCCUCGGUAUAUUCGGCUUUAUAAUUCUGAUAAUAUGCUAUGAAACAACCACAGGAGAUACUUCGUUCGAGCACUUCAUGAACUCUCAGGGCUUUGGCGUGAAGCUCCUUUUUACCGGACUGGGUGUAGUGAUAUCACUGUUCUGGGAUGAUUACUUUACACAGGUGGCACUAAAAGAGCCAGACCGCCAGUUCAACCGCUGGCCGCGCCCUUCCAAGGCCUCUUCCGUUUUCCUCCUUUCCCCGCCAACCACUGCUUUUUCUGCCCUCACCCCUGCUACCCUUCACAGACGCCAGUUCUUUCUGAUGUGGGUCGCCUUUGUCACCGUGCUAUCAAAGAUCACACCCUUGCUGCUCUCCAACAUCCCCUUCAGCCCAUGGCUGACCUGGGAGACACAUCGUGUCUGUACCUGGACUGCAGUUACUAUCUUGACGAUAAUGGUUCUUACGCUGGGAUACGGUCUUAUAUUUGUUAAGUAUUCUCGGUGGCCGUCACACCCAGGAAGACUCGGUGGCAUUAUCUAUUACCUAUUGACAAUGCCCUCUAAUAAUACUGGAAGAACGCCGAUCUUGCGGUUUAUUGACGAUGGAAUGGCACCAGGCUCACAUAGGGAGGAUAUCGAGCUAGGGAAUAUCCAACGUCGUUAA